AAUUUGGGAAAGGAAAAGGGAUUAAUUGUGCUCGAGAUAACGGCGAAUAUGAAUGCGUAUAUUCUGAAACAGCGCAUCCCAACCGAAGGAAUCACCGUGAAAAAGUCUGAAGGAAAAGCGAUUCUCUACCUGUGUAGUGUUGACGGUACAAAACAGGUGACAAUGAAUCUGUUGUCGAAUGAUGAGCUACAACGUUGGUUGGAAUCGUUUGCGAUGUGUCCAAAACUAGUGAUCGACGAUUCGUGUUCGGGCGCCAUAUCACCCGCUCAACCGCAACGAAUUGAAGUGGGCAGUGUACGAAGUGUGGUAAGUGAACGCAAUUAA